UUUACCCCCCAAUAAAAAUGACAGUGCUACGCUCCUGUUCAUGUCUGAAUGGGACAGAGCUCGAAGGUCACAUUCAAGGUGACUGGCAAAAUCUGGCGGAAUGCUGUUGACAGAAGAUAACAAUCACGCAGGGUUGAUGAUGGGGUGCGGCACACUGUAACCUGUGAAGGCUACAACUUGGUAGCCUACACGAACAGUAUCGAAUAUCGGCCUCAGUGGGAUCGUUCAAAAGCAAACUAUGGAUACGGCGUGAGCGAGUCAAACUAUUUUAUGCCAGUGAAUUGUCGCCUUGCCGCCAUCAUGAGCGUUGCCGAACAAAUCCAGGCGUUGAUGCCGGACUUGAUCAACGGGAAAACACACCAACAACUGGAGGGGGAGCUGGCGGAACGUGACAAGGGGAUGGGCGCCCAUGUCAUCAACGGUAUCAAGUUCCCGUGUUUCGUGUCGCGGUCCAAUCUGGAAGCUCUGAGGACUUUUGAAGUGCGCGAUGACGACGUGUACGUCUUUUCCUACCCAAGAUCAGGCACUCACUGGAUGAGUGAAAUACUGCAUUAUAUCCUUCACGAUGGGAAGGGCGAUUUCAACCGUUCUUUCAUGACCAACGCUUUGGAGAUGACGAUGGCAGAAGACCCAACUCAACUUGAGAGUGUGACCCCCGGGUACAAGAUGUACGCAGCCAUGGCAUCGCCACGGUGCAUCUUAAGCCACUGCUUGGAGAGUUUUCGACCUCCUCAGAUCUUAACUAAGCAAGCAAAGGUGGUGUACGUGGCCCGAAAUCCAAAGGACAUGCUCGUUUCUUUAUCCAACAUGACAUCAGAUUGGAAGUUUGAUGAGAUGUUCUGGGCAUUUUGCAAAGAGAAAAUGUUAAUGGGAUCUUGGUUUGAUCACGUGCUGAGCUAUUGGAACCAGCGGGACAAGGAACAUUUUCUGUUUGUAAAGUACGAAGAUCUCCACAAGGACCUCAGGGGCUCCAUUUGCAAACUAGCUAAGCAUGUCGGGAAGGAUCUAUCCGAUGACGUCAUCGAUGACAUCCUGGAGCGUGUGACCUUUGGUGGGAUGCAGAAGACUUAUCAACAACUUGAGGAAGAACGCGGGGAGGAGGGGCAACGCAUGACGCGCUACCAGGGAAAUCCGCAUCUUAGACGAGGAAAAGUCGGCAACUGGAAGAACACUUUCACGGUGGCACAGAGCGCCCUCUUCGACAAGAUCUACGCCCUGAGGAUGGAAGGGACCGGCUUGGAUUUCGACUUUGAAUCACACGGCACUGGUGUUCGUCGCCUUGCGGCCACCAUGAGCGUUGCCGAACGAAUCCAGGCGUUGAUGCCGGACUUGAUCAACGGGAAAACGCACCAACAACUGGAGGAGGAGUUGGCAGUUAGCGACAAGCAGACGGGCUGCCAUGUCGUGAACGGAACCAAGUUCCCCUGGACCAUAUCGCGGUCCAAUCUGGAAGCCCUCAGGACUUUUGAAGUGCGCAAUGACGACGUAUACGUCUUCACCUACCCAAGAUCAGGCACUCACUGGGUGUGUGAAAUACUGCAGUGUAUCCUUCAAGAUGUGAAGGGCGAUUUUGACCGCACAUUCAUGACCAACGCUUUGGAGAUGACGAUGACAGAUGACCCGACACACCUUGAGAGUGUGGCCCCCGGGUACAAGGCGUACGCAGGUAUGGCAUCGCCACGGUGUAUCUUCAGCCACUGCUUGGAUAGUUUUCGACCUCCUCAGAUCUUGACUAAGCGAGCAAAGGUGGUGUACGUGGCCCGAAACCCAAAGGAUAUGCUGGUUUCUUUAUUCGAAAUGGGAGCACAUUGGAAGUUUGAUGAGAUGUUCUGGGCAUUUUGCCACGGGAAAAUGCAUCUCGGUUCUUGGUUUGAUCACGUGCUCAACCACCGGGACAAGGAGAAUUUUCAGUUUAUAAAGUACGAGGAUCUCCACAAGGACCUCAGGGGAUCCAUUUGCAAACUAGCUCAGCAUGUCGGGAAGGAUCUACCCGAUGACGUCAUCGAUGACAUCCUGGAGCGAGUGACCUUUGGUGGGAUGCAGAAGACUUAUCAACAGAUUGAGGAAGAACGCGGGGAGGAGGGGAAACGCAUGACGCGUUACCGAGGAGUGUUUCCGUAUCUCAGACAAGGAAAUGUCGGCAAUUGGAAGAACACUUUCACGCUGGCACAGAGCGCCCUCUUUGACAAGAUCUACGUCCUAAAGAUGGAAGGGACCGGCUUGGAUUUUGACUUUGAGCUUUGAGAGCCCCGAUGUGAAUUGGGCUUCACUAUACUAUUAGAUAUACUGCCUCUCUGUAUUCCGUUCCGUAGAGCUUCACCAAAUUAAUAGCCUAAAUAUUUAUUAUUUCUGUUGAAUUAGAGAUACUACAUCUAUUCACCACAGGCUUUUUCAGCUUGUGGGACGGGCUGCACUAUAGCUUUUAUACUACAGCAUAUAAUCUUAUUGCCUUCAGUUUCUCCAGAUAAAUGCGAGAUAUAUUAAAUCAAUUUCUAGUCCCAGUAUAAUAAAUUAUUGUUUUGCCAAAGAAACCACAUAGGCAAACUGGCUAGGUGCAUUAUUUUUAUGUUAACGUUGAACAAAGAAAAAUUGACCACAGCAGGGCUUGAACCUGCAAACUCAUGAUUUGCCGUAUUGUAAAAAUAAUUAUAAUACAUUCUCGGUUGUAAACAUGCUCCUAACUAUCAGUAGAUACAUAUUCAAAAUCGAAAAUAUGAUAAGACAUGAAAACUACAGUGGCGUAACUAAAGGUGGAGGGGCACACCCCAGCUCCCACUCCCUUGGAGGCCUGUGCUUCCCCCUGGCCUUGUGCCCACAUUACCAGCACACUUUCGCAAAAAAAGUGGUUCGGCCACCUUUCUGUACAAAACCUCAUUGGCCGGGGGUUUUGUGCGUAAACCUUAUCAGUCAGCUGAUCACACUCAAUUGACUUCGCCAAAACCGCAUGUCCCAUCAUAAAGAAUAAGUUAACCGGACCAUUUAUUUUCCGAGAGUGUGAUUCUAAUGCUAUAGUGGGCUUUUAAAAAGAAUUUUUGCAAAUGGGACAGACACGUUGAAAACAUCCAAUCAGUUUGGAUAUUAUGCUUCAUGAAUUUCUGAAUAA